AUGGAGCCCUCGGACAUGCCAGGGAACUCUGCCCUCCCUGUGCCCAGCCUCUCCAGAGAGAUGGAAAGGGCCACCUUUUGCCUCACUUUCACCCUCCCAGGAGGGAAAAGGACUGGCAUCGCCUCAGCAGCCCAGGCCUUCCAGCUGUCUGAAGCUAAAAUCCACCACCUGGAAACAAGACAAGUGAGAAUGGGGAUCAAAACUGCUGAGGACUUUGACGUUUUUGUGAAAUGUGAGGUUCUGAGCUGCAAAGUCAGAAGCCUCAUUGAUUCCUUAAAGAGAGUGGCAGAGAAUGUGAAAGCAAACAGAGAAGAGAAAGUUCCUUGGUUCCCUAAGAAAAUUAGAGAUCUGGACCAAUGCCAUCACCUGAUCACCAAAUAUGAUCCCAGUUUGGAUCAUCACCACCCGGGAUACAAUGAUCCAGAAUACAGGAAGCGGAGAGCUUUUAUUGCUGACUUGGCCUUGAAUUUCAGACAGGGUAACCCAUUACCAAGAGUUGAGUACACUGUCCAUGAAACUGCUACAUGGAAAGAAAUCUACCAGAAACUAAGCAGUCUCUACCCCACACAUGCCUGCAAGCAAUACCUGGAAGCUUUCAAGGAGCUUGAAAAAUACUGUGGAUACCAAGCUGAUUGUAUCCCUCAAUUGCAACAGGUUUCUGAAUUUUUAACAGAAAGAACAGGCUUUAAGUUGAGGCCAGCUGCAGGACUUCUGUCUGCUCGGGAUUUCCUUGCUGGACUGGCGUUCCGUGUCUUUCAGAGUACACAGUACAUCAGGCACUCAUCAUCCCCAAUGCAUUCCCCAGAACCGGAUUGCUGUCAUGAAUUGUUGGGUCAUGUUCCCAUGUUAGCUGAUAAGGAAUUCGCCCAGUUCUCACAGGAUAUCGGGCUGGCUUCCCUUGGAGCAUCUGAUACAGAUAUAGAAAAACUAUCAGCUCUCUAUUGGUUUACUGUUGAGUUUGGUCUCUGCAAACAAAAUGGAGCUAUCAAAGCCUAUGGAGCGGGUCUCCUUUCUUCCUAUGGGGAGCUGAUGUAUGCUUUAUCAGAGCAACCAGAAUACAAACCCUUUGACCCAGAUGUGAUGGUAGUCCAGCCUUACCAGGACCAGACCUUCCAGUCCAUCUACUUUGUAGCAGAACAGUUUGAAGAUGCAAAGUCUCAGCUCCAGAAAUAUGCUUUGACAAUCAAGAAGGCUUUUCCUCUUCAUUACGAUCCUUUUACAUGCAGCAUAGAAGUGCUAGAUUCACCACGGAAAGUGAAAGAAAUAAUCACUCACUUGAAAGAAGAAUUGGAGAACCUGUGUCAUAUUUUUGAAAGGUUUUCUUAAAAGAAUUUGGAUCUAAUCUUUCACAGGAAUAAUGCAAUAAUUGGAGAAACAUUAUAUACAUUUCUCUGGCAAAACAAAUCUGGCAUUUACAGAUGCUUAGAAAAAUAGCUUUAAGAAGAAUGGAUUGAAUAACUUGCAUAAUUGAGCAGUGGUAGGAUGGUGGUCAUCUGGUUCCUAGAGCAUCAUCCUACCAUUGCACAGUUGUGGAAGGAUUCAAGGGGUCAUUAGUUUUCUUAAAAGUAACUUUCCAAGCUAUGGUGAUGAUUCCUCUGUCUUGAAGAAAAUGGGUUAGCUAGCUUAUUCCUGGUAGCCUGCCUGUAAUAAAAUGUAGAUAGUUUGUGAAACCAAGGAUUUUUUAAAAGUAUCCUGAAUAUUCAUAAUGCCACUCUCUCUUAGAGGGAGAGUGGGCCUAUUUGUUUUGAAGUAUAAAUUAUCGUGCACAUUUCUUGUAUUUGUAGGUGCCUUCCUAAAAAAAUAGUGACCUCUGCUUAUUCUCCUCUUUUUGUCUUUCAUUAAGCAUCCUAUGUGUUUGAUCCAAGGUAGGGAUAGAAGCAAUAUUUGAGAGUAAUUGAAAAAUAGUCAUAAAUGCCAGGAAAGCCUGAUGGGGAGAAUGUUAUAUGGUAAGGAUCUUCAGAAUUUGUUCUGUACAAAAAAUGCACAUGUUUUUCCUCCACAGAAAACAGUAUUUUCUGCAGAAACAUUUCCUGUGCAGCAAAUGCUGUCUUCUGUGUCAAAAUGUGAUCACACACAACAACAGAAUAAGUUCUGAACUACAAAUAGUAUUUGGAAAUUGCUCAGUUAUCAAUGGCUUUCUUGCAGUGAGGAGAAAAAUUGCAAUAUUAUUCAUUCUUGCUUGCAAGAAUGAAAAUCAUGAUUUACAUCUCCAGUCCAAGUUCCAUGACAUCUAUAACUGUAGCCCUUUCCCCUGAAACCUUCCACACAUAAUGUGAAGCCAGCAGAAACUCCAUGAACUGCAUGGAAUUUCCUUUGCACAUGCUGUUAAGAGGGCUUAUGCCAUUCCCCUUUGCAGUCACACAGUGGUUUGUACACACAUUUGUAAACCUUGCACAGAAUCCUGCUGGUGUCAGAUGCUAGUGUGAACCACAAAUCACUGCCGCCACCACCGUAGUUGCACCAGUGCAUGUUCUUUUUUGGAAGGCAACAUCCAGUGUCUUCUUCUGCAACAGCCACUUCAAUUGCACAACUGCUUGAAGUGCUGUUAAACAUCUCUCUCUCUCUCUCUCUCUCUCUCUCUCUCUGUGUGUGUGUGUGUGUGUGUGUGUGUGAGUGAGUGUGAGUGUAGUGCAGGGUGCCAUACAGCUGUUGUAUUCUUUCAAGUCAUUUUUUGACUUGUGACAAUCCUAAGGUGAGCCUAUCAUGGAAUUCUCUUGGCAAGAUUUGUUCAGGGAAUUUGCCUUUCUCUGAGGCUGAGAGAAUGUUGCUUGCCCAAGGUCACCCAGUGGGCUUCCGUGGCUGAGCAGACAUUCAAACCUUGGACUCAGUGGUAAAAGUCCAACUGUCAAACCAUUACACCAUGCUGUCUCACACAGGUAAAGUUACAUAGCCAGAAAAAAAGAGCAUCCAUUGCCCUCACAGGUGCCCUGUGAAACUUGAAAAUUUGUUUGUUGGGAUGGAAACAGCUGUUCCUUUUUCCUGGCUGUGCCUGAGUCUUUUCCCUGCCUCCUCACAGCCACUGUGGGAGUGUGUGAACAUGCACAGUCAGUGGCAGCAAAAGCCCAGGGUUGCCAUAGAAUCAUAGAGUUGGAAGAGACCACAAGGACCAUCAAGCCCAAUUCUCUGCCAUGCAGGAAGACACAAUCAAAGCACCCCCAACAG